GUACAGGUGCCCCCCUCCUAGCCCUGCUCAAAUUCCUUCCCCCUUCAAGCUUCUUCAAGAAGAUAAAAAGAAACGGCCACGUUCCUUGGCACACCUGCAACAUCCAAGCAAAGCUAAGAAUUGAUUGGAGUCCUGUCUAGUACAAGAAUAUCAAAAGCUUUGCUCCAUAAAUAUUGAGGAUUUCUUUGGCCAAGAAACGAAGAAGGUCCGUGCUUUAUCCCAUAAGCUUGAUGCUCAAAUCCUUUAGUCUCUCAUAAUAUAGUUGCUAAGUUACAUGCAAGUGAAAGCAACAGAAGAAAGCUCCAUGGCGUUAGUAAAUUUAGACAGCAGUGAUUCUACUAGUUCUCUGUGUAAUGACACUCUUGAAUUUACUGCUUCGGUGAGAGACAAACCACCAGCACACUAUCUGUUGAGGGUCGAAUCAUUCUCACUCCUGUCUCAAGUACUUCAAAAGACUAGAGAGAGACGAUAUGAAUCACUAUCUUUCAAAGCAGGGGGCUACAAAUGGAAGUUGGUUCUUUGCCCUGGUGACAAAGGAAAUGAUGGGUGUGGGUACAUUUCUCUUUACUUGAUGAUUGUUGAGACUGAUACUUUACCUCUUGGGUGGAUAAUAGAUGCCAACUUCAAACUCUUUGUGUAUGAUCAAAUUAGAGACAAGUAUUAUACCUUUGAAGAUGCCUGUGUAUUUGGAGCAGAAGUGUAUGUUGAAAAUGAAAAUUAUUCUGGAAAUGGUGAGUGUUUGUCAAUGUUAAAGACUGAACAUGAGGGAAUCACUUGGAAAAUUGAUGACUUUUCUGUCUUGAAAGAGGGAGUGAUUGAUUCUAGGACUUUCAUUGCUGGCGGACGGAAAUGGUCGUUAUCAUUCCAUCCAAAGGGGGAUUCAAGAGCUGAUGAAAGCCUCUCUCUCUUUCUGAAAUUAAAUGAUGCUACAUUCAUUCCACCAGAGCAGAAAGUCUGUGGUCAGUACACGAUCCUAGUAAAGGAUCAGGUUAAUGGCAAACAUUGUUCUAAGAUGGGUGAAGAUUGAUUCUUGACAUCUUACUAAGGUUCAUGUUUUAUUAUCCAAGGAAGGAGUUCAUAAAAGUUACUUAAUUUUUGUUCUUCUUUCGCAGCUGCUGAUUGGUUUUUUAGCUCGUCUGAUAGCUGGGGUUACUCAAACUUCAUGCCGCUGGCAUACCUUAAGGACCCAUUAAAAGGUUUCCUAGUGAAUGAUACCUUAAUAAUUGAAGGCAAGGUAGAUGUCACCUCCAGCUUCAAGAAAAUCAUUUGAGCUUUUGUGCCAUGAUGUUUGUUGUAGUUCUGUUAUUUCCUUUUCAAGACCAUAUUAUAUAUGUUUACAGUUGGCUCCAAAAGUAUUGUUAAUUAACUUUCUUAUUUUGG